GCGUUGCACAGAUGCUAUGCGUGCUGUGUGGACCCAGCUAUCUCCAUCCACUCUACAGCAUCAGCGUCCCGCUAACAGCCCAGGAGCUGCACCGUCCGGCGGGAACCCGCUGACGAAGCACCGCCCGGCUGAGCUAGCCCGCCCGGCGCAUGGACGCUCCAGCACAAUGGCAGAGGAUUUGGGGGUGCCUCUGUUGUGUACCAACAACAGGUCGCAUGGAUAAUCCCCUCCACAACCCUCCCGUAUCAUCUCGUGUUUGGGAUGAUUAGAGCGCCGCUGUCGGCUUGAUGUGGCAGGAGAGCCGUGCGGGAGCGGGGCUGAUCGUCCUGGCUGUCGUCUGAGAGCAAAACGGCGUGGAGCAGGUGUAGAGUGGCUGGGGGGCUCAGCAGGAUGGAAAUAGAUGCCCGUUUUCGCUACUAUUUCCAGCACCCGUGGUCGCGUCUCAUCGUGGCCUACCUCGUCACCUUCUUCAACUUCCUCGUCUUCGCCGAGGACCCUGUCUCUCACAGUCAGACAGAGGCGCACAUGAUCGUGGUGGGCAACUGUUUCUCCUUCCUGUUCAACAAGUACCCGGGCCUCGGAUGGAACAUCCUGAAAGUAAUCUGCUGGAUACUGGCCAUUAUCACUGGCCUGGUAGCUGGGAAGUUUAUAUUCCACCGCCAGCUCUUUGGUCGAUACCUGCGCCUGAAAAUGUUCCGCGAGGAUCAUGGCUCCUGGAUGACCAUGUUCUUCAGCACCAUCCUCUUCCUCUUCAUCUUCUCACACAUCUACAACCUUUUCCUGCUGAUGGCUGGGAGCAUGGAGCCUCACAUGGUGACAGAGUACAUGGGCAUCAGGAAUGAGAGCUUUAUGAAGAUUGCUGCGGUGGGAACGUGGAUGGGAGACUUUGUCACUGCUUGGAUGGUGACAGAUAUGAUGCUCCAGGAUCAGCACUACCCAGACUGGGGCAAAGCAGCCAGGAGGUUCUGGAAACAAGGCAACAACAGGAUCGUCCUCUUCUGGACAGUGCUCAUCUCUCUGACGUCGGUGGUGGUUCUCGUCAUCAGCACCGACUGGAUCAGCUGGGACAACCUGAACCGAGGCUUCCUGCCCAGCGACGAGGUCUCCAGAGCUUUCCUGGCCUCCUUCAUUUUGGUCUUCGACCUUCUCAUUGUCAUGCAGGACUGGGAAUUCCCUCACUUCAUGGGUGACCUGGAUAUGAAUCUACCAGGAAUGUCAACAACGCAUGUGAAGGUCAAGCUUCCUGUCUGCAAGAGCAUCUUUAAAGAGGAGUACCACAUUCAUAUCACAGGUAAGUGGUUCAACUACGGUAUCAUCUUCCUCGUGCUGAUUUUGGACCUGAACAUGUGGAAGAACCAGAUCUUCUACAAGCCCUAUGAGUACGGCCAGUACGUCGGGCCCGGCGAGAAGAUCUUCACAGUAGAGGAGCCAGAAACGCUCAGCUUCUUCAACCACAGCACUCUCACCUAUGAGUGGCGCUCCACCAACAUCGAUCCCAACAGCAACGUCACCUACGUGCAGCGGGACAUGUUCCUCCACAGCCGCUACACUGGCGCCAGCCUGGACGUCAAGUGCCUGGCUUUCAUCCCGAGCCUGGCGGCGUUUGUACUCUUCGGGUUCUUCAUCUGGUUGUUUGGGCGAUUUCAGGACAGCGAGACCUUCACGGAAAACCAAGACAAGACGUAUGAGAGGAUAAAGAGGAAGUCGCCGUCGGAGUACAGCAAGGAGAUGGGCGUGACACCAGAGGAGGUGCAUGUUACCAUGAGUGACAGCCUGAAACGAGCAGGGACGCCCAUGCUUCUCUCAGUGGACGGGCCACACUUUGGAGCGACGCCCUCUACGAACUCGACUAUUUCUAUGGAAACCCAAGAGACACAUCCGAGCAUUGUGAUUGACAGCGUAGAGCAGGAGGAACCAGCAGUCUCUUUUGAUGUCCACAAGCUCUCUCCGUGACCUUAUGAACUCCUGACACUUUGAAGUCUGUGACUGCAGGACAGGUUGAAAAGGAGAGCUUAAGAUGCAGUUCGUCAAGCACUUCAACCGUUGCUUUUCUUCAGAUAAAGCCAAGCUGCAACAGGAGUUGACCACAACUGCUUCUUCAGGAGAAGGACAAAGUGAUGUUACAAGAUCACUGGAGACAGUCCUGAUGGCGACUGCAGUGGCGUUUGUUUGAAUAUAUUUUUGUAAAACGAUCUUUUUAAAAAGCCUCUAAUACAGCACCGAUUCUGAUAACAAACGUCUUUUGACACAAAAUGCAAACGCUACACUGACAUGGUGCUCACUCGGAUUUUGCAUUUUCAUAAUUCAAUUUUGUCACGGGAAACUAUUUUGGUGCCUAUAUCAGAGGAGUAUUUGUACAGUCGUGACACUGCAGUCAGGUGGAUCACACCAGUGUUACAGCUACACUAGUGCCUUGAUAUUUCAUAUCUUUAAAUACAGACAGAAUCCUGUUCAGUCUAUACUGCUACUAUAGGCAACAAAAUGGAAGAUGUCCUAGUUACAGUUUGCUAUAUUAAAGGGACAAUUCACCCCAAAUCAAAAAUACUUAUUUUUCCUUGUACCUGCAAUUUAUUAACUUUUUUUAAAGUGCUAAUUAUGUCUGCAAAGGAAAACUAUGUCAGCAUCUGUUUGAUCUAAUAAGAUGAAAUUUAUGUUUUUCUCAUCUCACUUCAGUCUUUUGCAGCAAACUGUAUAUACUGGACUGAAAAAGAAAUUUAAUUUAUUGCUCUAGCAAGCUACCAAAAGUUUAAUUUGUAUUUGUAAUAUUUAUAAUAAAUAUAACUACAAAAAUUAAUACCUUGCGUCUGUGCAUCGAUAAGGUAUUGCCACACAAAAAUAUUGCUGUACUAUGUUAUGUUUAUUUUCCCCUACUCCUGCUAUUUAUCCAUUUACACUGUUUUGGUGUCAGUUGCUGAGUGUUGGAGACAUCGGCCAUACAGAUGUCUGCCUUCUCUCCAAUAUAAUGGAACUUGAUGUCACUCAGCUUGUGGUGCUCAAAGCGCCAAAAAAAUAUAUGUGAAAAACUCAAUAGCAAUGUCUGUGUUCUAGAAAUCACGACCCAGUUCCUCAAGAGAAUCCACAGACCUUGUUUUGAGCAGUUUCAUACAGGAAGUAUUUUCUCUCUACCAAACUAUACCCUCCAAUAGUAUCACUGCGCAAAAGGAGGUGUGCAUCUACCCAUGGACGAGAGGCUUAUGCUCAAGAUUGCGCGACAUGUUAACAUUAACGUCAUCUUCUAGUUCAGUGGUGCUAGGUGAGCUAGCAGUAGAUGAAUGUUUCCUUCUGCGCAGUGAUAUG